UGGGAUUAUGUUGAGAUGUGCUCAUGUGCUCAUGUGGUUCAUUAUAUUUUUUCCAUGUGAUUAUUUACACAUUAUAAUACAUUUUCAGUAAUGUAUUUUUAAAAGGUGAACUCUCAGUACAAUAAUUGAGAUGUCCUUUUAAAACAAUCAAAACACAACUCAAAAAUAAUGAAACAUUCAGUAUGAAUGGGCGAAACCUGCUUUUUCUACAGUUUUCACUGAAUUUCUGGGCUAGCCCGGGCGAGUCUAAUGCUACAAAACUGGUGCUGAGUGAAUCUGGUUCGUCCAUGCCAUUAAUUUGGGUGAGUCUAGUUUCACCCCAUGCUUCAACAUCGAUGCUGGGCGGAUAUGGUGAUUUUUUGGCUGCUUCCUUCAUCAGUGUACAUAACACUGACAAGAAGGCAUUGAAGAAAUUGUUUACUUUAAUUAGUCUUCUAUAUUUUUUUAACUAAGUGUUUGAAGUAAAUAAUUAGGAUACAUGGUUUAUUUGUGUUCUACUACACGUGGGAAAAGAUUCUGGGAUGUUAAGGGUUGAUCGCAUUGAAAAAACAGAAACCUGUUUGACUGGUGGUAUUUGUAGCAGGUACUUUCUUGUGAGAGCAUAUAUCAUCAUAACUCAUAGCUCACAUCACCUCAGAGAACUCACUCCUACAAGCACGUCCACAUCGGAUUUAUGAAAAUUAAAAAGAGCAAGACGUUUUAUGAUGGCAUCUGUUGGCCUUCAGGUUCUGGGCAUUGCCCUAGCUGUGAUUGGAUGUAUUGGAACUAUUAUCAUCUGUGCUCUGCCCAUGUGGAAGGUGACGGCUUUUAUUGGCAGCAACAUUGUGACAUCUCAGAUCUUCUGGGAGGGUCUCUGGAUGACCUGUGUGGUGCAGAGCACCGGGCAGAUGCAGUGUGAUCCCUACGACUCCUUGCUGGCUCUCCCCCGAGAUCUCCAGGCAGGCCAGAUCAUGGUUGUGAUUGCUAUUUUGGUGGCCAUCGUAGGUCUCACAAUGUCCAUUGCUGCAGGAAAGUGCACUAACUGCUUGGAGGGCGAGUCUUUGAAAGCCAGGCUCUGCAUUAUCUCAGGCAUCAUCUUGAUCAUUGCUGGAAUCCUGACCUUGGUCCCUGUCUGCUGGUCUGCCAACACAAUCAUCAGGGACUUCUACAACCCUUUGCUUAAUGAUGCCCAAAGAAGGGAGCUUGGCGCUUCAUUGUACAUUGGAUGGGGUGCUGCUGGUCUUCUGAUCCUUGGAGGAGGUCUGCUCUGCUGCUCCUGUCCGCCCAGGGAUGGCAGGUCCUACUCCGCAAAAUAUUCUGCACCAAGACCUGCAUCUGUAGAGAAGACAUUUGUAUAAAACUCUCUAAGAUACUUGAUUUUUUUUUAUAUCUACAUGCCAGGGAAACAUGCAAGGCUGAAUUCUCAAAAGAAAGAAAGAAAAAAAAAUCAUUUGUAUUUCUAAACUGAACAAUAAACCAUUUUAGACUAAUCACCAGCACCU